AUGCGUCACUCCAUCAACAACUUGAUACAGGAUAUUGACCGGAGUCUCCAAAGCAUUCAGCAGACAAAGGAGAGGUAUCACAGCAUGGCCUCCACUUCAACCAAUGCUGGCAACAACACAGACCUUCCUGUGAGAGUGGCUCCUCAGUUCAUUGGCAACGUUGAUACUGUGGGCCUUGAGGAGCCUACAAAUAAGCUGGUUUCUUGGGCCUUGGAACCGAAACAAAGGCUUGAGGUGAUGUUUGUGGUGGGGAUGGCUGGACUGGGGAAGACAACUCUUGUCCACAGCGUGUAUGAGAGGGUGAAGCAGCACUUCGGUUGCAAUGUUUGGAUCACUGCUUCAAAGUCCAAAACAAAACUUAAUAUCUUGACCUUGUUAGUAGAGAAAUUGGGCUGUACAAUCACACAGGGGGCUGAUGUGGUUGCUCUGAUGCAUAAACUGCGAAAAUUUCUCCACAACAAACGGUAUGUUAUAGUUCUUGAUGACUUAUGGGUAAAAGAUGUGUGGGAGUCCAUUAGACUUGCCUUGCCAGAUGGUAAGAACAGUAGAAUAAUUGUCACUACAAGGAGAGGCGAUAUAGCUAAUUCUUGUAGAGAUGAUGAUUCUAUUGAUAUCCACAAGCUUCAGCCACUGUCACCGCAAAGGGCUGAGCAACUCUUCUAUAAGAAAGCUUUCUCAAGAAAUGGCAGAUGUCCUUCAGGCUUGGAGGAAGUCUCCAAAUCCAUCUUACAGAAAUGUGAUGGAUUACCACUUGGGAUUAUUGAAAUUGGUAGAUUUUUGUCCAGACGGACUCCAACUAAAAAUGAAUGGAAAAUAUUACAUGAUAGUCUUGAGUCUGGAUUGAGAAGCAGUGGUGAGCUUUCGGAUAUUAUGAAAGUGUUGUCUGCAAGUUACAAUGAUUUACCUUACCAUCUCAAGUAUUGUUUCUUGUACAUGAGCAUUUUUCCUGAGAAUAACCUAGUUAAGCGAAGAAGACUAAUUCGGCUAUGGAUAGCUGAAGGGUUUGUAAUAGAGAAAAGAGGCAAGACGCUUGAAGAGGUUGGGGAAGAGUACCUGAAUGAGCUGAUAGACAGGAGUCUAAUAAAGGCAAAUGAAAUGGAUUUUGAUGGAAGGCCGACAAGUGUGGGAGUUCAUAGUCUCAUGCUGAAGAUGAUUCUCUCAGUCUCACAUGAGGAGAACUUUUGUACUGUCUGCACAGGAGCUGCAAGAAACUUGACUGAGAACACCCGGCGCCUAUCUAUCCAGAAGGAAGAUUUUGAUGUGUCUCAGGACUUACCCUGUGUUCGAACCUUCUUCAGUUUCGGCAUAGGCAAAGUAAGGAUUGGUUCCAAUUUCAAACUAUUGAAGGUCUUGGACAUACAGGGCACUCCUUUGGAAGAAUUUCCGAGUGUAAUUACAGAUCUUCUGCUCUUGAGGUACUUGAGUUUGAGGAAUACAAAUAUAAGGAGCAUCCCAAGGUCCCUUGGUGACCUUCAUCACCUUGAGACCUUGGAUCUUAAGCAGACUCUGGUAACAAAGGUACCCAAAGCAGUCCUACAAUUGGAGAAACUUCGCCAUCUGCUGGUUUAUCGCUACAAUAUGGAAAGUGUCCUACCUUUUGAUAUUGUUCAGGGUUUCAAGGCACCAAAGAGGAUGGGCGCAUUGAAGAACCUACAAAAGCUAUCAUUUGUAAAGGCGAGUGGGCAGCACAGAAUGAGUCGGCAACGCAGAAUGAUACAAGGGCUAGAAAAUCUUACACAGUUGAGGAAGCUGGGCAUUGUAGAACUGGCAAAAGAAGAUGGGACGAGCUUGUGCCACGCAAUUGUGAAGAUGCGAAAUCUCCAUUCCUUGAAUGUGACAUCUCUUAAUAUAGAGGUGCCUCUGGAGCUUGAUGCAAUGACCAAUCCGCCGCCCCUUCUUCAGCGCUUGUACCUCAAAGGGCCCUUGGAAAGGUUUCCACAGUGGGUAUCUUCUCUACAUGACCUGGUGAGAAUACGGCUAAAAUGGUCUUCACUCGCAGAAGACCCGAUUGCAGCUCUUCAAAACCUCCCAUAUCUCGUGGAGCUGCAGCUGCUUGAUGCAUACACUGGAACCCAGUUGGACUUCAGCUCGGGAAAAUUUCAGAAGCUUAAGAUAUUAGACCUUCAGCAAUUGGAACAGCUGAAGUCCAUCAUAAUGGAAGAAGGCACAUUGCCUUGCCUACAAAAGCUGAUCAUAAGCCACUGCAGCAAGCUGGUGCGGGUCCCCAGAGGUAUUGACAAGCUCAUUCACCUCCAAAUGCUGCUGCUGCACGAUAUGCCCGAACCAUUUGUGACCAGGCUGAGGAAAAAUGGCGGUCGAUUGCGCCAUUUGGUUCACCAUAUUCCGUCAAUUUGUAGAUUUGAGAGAAAAGAGAGAGAUCAUGGCCGACUCAGAAAUAGCUGGGGGGUUGUAGCCGGUUCUGUGACCUUUCUUCUGAAAAAACUUGAUGCUAUUGUAACUAGAGAAGGGAACUUGCAGGGAAAUAAUAAGAAAAGAGUCCAGGACUUACGCCACGAGCUGCGGAGCAUUGAGGCCCUCCAGAAAGAUAUCGAUGCUGAUCCAAAGAAAGAGCAUGAUCACCGAUUCCAAGUCUGGAUUCAAGAUGUUCGGGAAGAAGCUUAUGACAUUGAGGAUGUCAUUGACCUGCUCAGUCUUGAUAUGACUCAAGAAUCAGCCCGGCGCCGCUGGAAAAUGAGACACUCCAUCAACGACUUGAUAGAGAAGAUUAACAGGAGUCUGGAAAACAGUCAGAAGAUACAGGAGAGGUAUCACAAGCUGGUCUCCACUCCAACCAAUGCUGGCAACAACACAUAUCCUCAUGAGAAACUAGCCUCUUUGUUCCUUGGCAACGUUGACACUGUGGGCAUGGAGGAGCCCCGAAAUAAGCUGGUUUCUUGGGUGUUGGAGCCGAAGCAGAGACUUAAGAUGAUGUUCGUGGUGGGGAUGGCUGGAUUGGGGAAGACGACUCUCGUCCACAGCGUGUAUGAGAGGGUGAAGCAGCGCUUUGAUUCCCAUGUCUGGAUCACUGCUUCAGAGUCCAACACCAAACUCGAAAUCUUAUUGAGCUUGUUAGCAAAGAAAUUUGGCUGUUCAAUUACACCGGGGGCAGACAUGGUUGCUGUAACUCACGAACUGCAAAAAUUUCUCCGCAACAAACGGUAUGUUAUGGUUAUUGAUGAUUUUUGUGUAAAAGAUGUGUGGGAAUCCAUUAGACUUGCAUUACCAGAUGGUAACAACAGUAGAAUAAUUAUCACUACAAGGAGAGGCGACAUAGCUAAUUCUUGCAGAGAUGAUGAUUCUAUUCAUAUCCACAAGCUCCAGCCACUGUCUUGGGAAAAUGCUAAGCGGCUCUUCCAUACUAAAGCUUUCUCAAGAAAUAGCAGAUGUCCUUCAGGCUUGGAGGAACUGUCCCAAUCCAUCUUACAGAAAUGUGAUGGAUUACCACUUGGGAUUAUUGAGAUCGGCAGACUCUUGAAGAGUAAGGCUCAAACUGCAUAUGAGUGGCAAAAGUUACACGAUAGCCUUGAAUCUGAAUUGAGAAGCGGUGGUGGCCUUUCCAAUAUGAUGAAAGUGCUGUCUACAAGUUACAAAGAUUUACCUUACCAUCUCAAGUGUUGUUUCUUGUACAUGGGCAUCUUUCCUGAAAAUAAACCAGUUAAGCGAAGAAGACUGGUUCGGCUGUGGAUAGCUGAGAGGUUUGUAACAGAGGAGAGAGGCAAAACUCUUGAAGAGGUUGGGGAAGAGUACCUGAAUGAGCUGAUUGACAGGAGUCUGAUACAGGCAAAUGAAAUGGAUUUUGAUGGAAGGCCCAAAAGUGUAGGAGUUCAUUGUCUCAUGCAUAAGAUGAUUCUCUCACUCUCACAUGAGGAGAACUUUUGUACUCUACAUUGUACAGGAGCAAAACAGAACUUUACUGAGAAAACCCGGCGCCUAUCUAUCCAGAAGAAAGACUUUGAUAUUUCUCAGGAGUUGCCCCGUCUUCGAACCUUCUUCAGUUUCAGUACAGGUAGGGUAAACAUUCGUUGGAUUAAUUUCCUACGACUGAGGGUUUUGGAUAUACAGGGCACUUCAUUGGGAGCCUUCCCGAGUGUAACAACAGAUCUUCUCCUCUUGAGGUACUUGAGUUUGAGGAAUACAGAUAUAAGAAGCAUCCCCAAAACCGUGAGUAACCUAAAGCAGCUUGAGACCUUGGAUCUUAAACAAACUCGGGUGAAAAAGCUACCCAAAUCAGUCCUACAACUUGGGGAACUUCGCCAUUUGCUGGUUUGUCGCUACAAUAAUGGACGUGUUGUCUCUUUUGAUGCUGUUCAGGGGUUCAAGGUUCCAAAAAAGAUCAGUGCAUUGAAGAACCUACAAAAGCUAUCAUUUGUAAAGGCGAGAUGGCAGUACAGAAUGAUAGAGGAGCUCCAACAUUUGACACAGUUGAGGAAGCUGGGCAUUGUGGCACUAGAAAAAGAAGAUGGAAAGAGCUUGUGCCACUCAAUUGAAAAGAUGCGAAAUCUCCAUUCCUUGAAUGUGACUUCCCUUAAUAAGGAGGAGCCUCUGCAGCUUGAUGCAAUGACUAAUCCUCCGCCCUUUCUGCAACGCUUGCAUCUCAAAGGGCCCUUGCCAAGGUUUCCAAAGUGGGUAUCUUCUCUACAUGACCUGGCGAGAAUACGCCUAAAUUGGUCUUCGCUGUCAGAAGAUAACCCGGUUGAAGCUCUUCAAGAUCUCCCAAAUCUGAUGGAGCUGCAGUUGCUUGAUGCAUACACUGGAACCCAGUUGGAGUUUCACAAGGGAAAAUUUCAGAAGCUUAAGAUAUUAGACCUUGUGCAAUUGAAACUGACGUUUAUCAGAAUGGAAGAUGGAACAUUGCCUUGCCUGCAAAAGUGA